UUUGGAAUGGUGGAGAUACUCAAAGGAAUCACUGAAUUCCAUCCCAGAAAUCAUAUCCUGAGAUUACAGAGAGAAAGAGAAUGAUUUGAAGGGUAAAUACAAAUAAAUGAUCCAAAUAAUAUAAAGGACAUGAAUCAUUGUUACAACAAAGAGAAAGAGAUGGGAAUUAGGAACGUCCGAAACAUUUAAAUUGAUGAAAUUCAUGAUGAUUACUAGAUCUAAAUGAGAUGUCGAUUCGGUUUUUGAGAAGUAUACGUAAGAUAAAUAGUUAAAAGACAAAAUGACAGGUGUCACAAAUUGCCCAUGCUAUGUGCUGAGGGGGAUGAUUGUAGGGAGACUAAACUUUUUUUUUUGUCACUAUUAGAAAGACUAAACUCAACUUUAUUAAUGUAGAUUUUAAUUUUUAAAUGUACAUUAAAGAAAUGAAUUUUUUUUUGUCACAGAUGAUCUUUUAAAAUUUUUGUCACAAAAAUAGCUUUCAAUUAAAAAAUGAUCAAAAUAGCCUCUUUUUAUUUUAAAAUUUUUAAUUUUUUUCUAAAAUUUGAAACCAUAUCCUCAAAACUCCACCUUAACUCUAAACCCUGAGUCUGGAAUAGUUAACCUUAGGAUAUAAAUGUAUUUUUACUUUUUAAUAAAACUGUGUUUCGUGGGCAACUAAGUGCGGUUUAUCAGCAAUAUAUUUUAUAAGAGUAUCGUGACACACUUUACCUUCUUGAACAAGAUCAUGACAACAUGCAUCAGUGAUGGUUAAACUUUCAAAGACAACACCAAUUAUAUCAAACGCACAUUUUUGACUCAUUUAAAAAAGACAUGUAUUCCAAAGUGAUUUUGCUUCAGCAUCUUCAACAGAGAAUGCAGGAACGAACGCACAAACCAAAACAACAACAAUGAAUACGAUAAUAGUUCGGGAGGUAGUGUAAGCCAUUGUGCCAAUGCUUUCGAAAUAAGUGGCAAAUAUUAUUUAUUAAUAUAAUAUAUUAAAAUGUUUGAUUUUUUUUAGAAUGAAUUUUUAUCUCAUAUUUAUAGGAGAUUAAACACUCAAACACAAACUAACCAUAUUUUCAAGUGAACAUAACAAGUUAAUUAAUGCAGUUUAUUGUAAAAUAAAAUGUGACUGUUAAUAUGAGUUUUCUCGAACAUAUUUAUAAAAUUUAGAAAAAGAUAUACUUUUUAUUUAAAAUAAAUUAUAUCAAAACAAAAUAUUUCUAAAUUACUAAUGUUUUAAGUAAUUUAUCAUUAAGAAAUAACCUACCAAUCGAAUUUAACCCUGGUUUAUUCAUAUUCUCUAUUUUAUGUAAAUGUUAAUAGGCUCCAUCAUCUUACAGAAAUUUGUGUUUAAGAAUGUAAAUUUAAUCGAGUAUGAAUUGUCUUAUAUCGCUUAACUCAAUUUUGUAAGAAUUUACUACAAGAACAAAUUUUAUAGCUAAACCAUAACUAGUAUAUAAAUUAUAUAGAUAUAAUUUCAUAGAAAAGAAACCGGAUCUGAUGAAAAAACAAUAUUUGUAUUAAACUAUUAAUUUUCCAAAAGUAAAGGGUUAUAUUCUAUUAAAAUAUUGGAAGCCAAAUCUACAAAUUAUAAAAACAUAAAAUAGAAAAUGUUCACAAUUUUGAUUCCAACACUAUAGUGAUCGAUACAAAACUCAAAUUCAUACGCUCCAUCCUAAUAUUAUGAGCAUAAGUUAUAAUCUAUUUACUAGUCAUAGGAUGAUUACAUCCAGUCUCAUUGUAUUCUGUAUAAAUGAUCGUAUUUAUCGUCAAUAAUAUGAGUAUUCAAACUAUUGUUUUUUCCAAGUCAUUGUUUAUCAUGUACUAUUAAACUCUAAGGUUCCAAAGGUAAAAUAUUAGAUAUUUUUUAACCUCUUGUUUUAAAUUAUCAAGAUAUUUUUUCAGUGUAUGUAGAAAUAAUUAUUGACAUCUUAGAUGAAAAUUGAGUUUAAAAAUUAAAGAUACAUUAAAUCAAACUCGUUAAGCAAUAUUAUUUGAAGUUAUUCUUAUAUGCCUUGUUAUUAUUUUAACAAUCUUAUAGGAUAGCACAUUGUUUUUCAAUUGAGUUAAUAUUUGUACUGAUUCAUUUAGAAUGAGAUUCACUUGAUGGUUGGUUUAUAUUGCAUACUGUCUGAUCCAUGAUUUUUUAUUAAAGAAAAUUUAACGAUAGUUGAAUAAUUUUUUUGUUAAUCAGAAUAAUACAAACAAAACAUAUUUUAAGCAGUUUGCGAAAUUGAGAUAUAAUGAGUCCACAAAUCAUCACUUUUCUUCAAAUACUAUGUUUCGUGGGCAACUAACUGCGGCGGGCAACUAACUGCGGCUUAUCAGCAAUAUAUUUGAUAAGAGUAUUGUGACACACUUUUCCUUCUUGAACAAGAUCAUGACAACAUGCAUCAGUGAUGGUCAAAUUUUCAAAGAUCGAUCGAAGACUCAAUUCAAAAGAUGAAGCCAAAUCUACAAAAUGUUACUACUAAAAGAUUUGGCUUCAAUUUUUUUUGUUUCAUUGAUUACAAUUUGUAGAUUUGCCUUCAAGUUUUUUAAUAGAUUACAACCCUUUAAUUUUUGCCAAUUAAUUGGUUAACUCAAUUAGUGUUUUUUUCGCCAUUUCCAGUUUCAUUUCUAUGAAAUUAUAUCUACGUAAUGUAUAUACUAGUUAUGGUUUAGCUAUAUAAUUUCUUCUAGUAGUAAAUUCUUACAAAAUAAAGAUACGCGAUAUAUGACAAUCCGUACUCGAUUAAAUCCACAUUUUUAAACCCAAAUUUCUGUAAAAUGAUGGACCCUAUUAGCAUUUACAGAAAGUUGAGAAUACGUAUAAACAAUGGUUAAAUUCGAUUGGCAGGUUAUUUCUUAACAACAAAAUAACUUAAAACAUUAAUAUCUUAGAAAUAUGCUAUUUUGAUAGUAUUUAGUUUAAACAAAUAAGUAUAUUUAUUUUUUCUAAAUUUUCUAAAUAUGUUAGAGAAAAAUCAUAUUAACUGUCAAGUUUCAUUUAACGUUAAACUGCAUUAAUUAAUUUCUUAUGUUCACUUGAAAAUACGUUUAGUUUGGGUUUGAGUGUUUAAUCUAUUAUAAAUAUGAGACAAAAUUUCAUUCUAAAAUACAAACAUUUUAAUAUAUUAUAUUAAUAUUAUUUGCCACAUAUUUCGAAAACAUUGGCACAAUGGCUCACACUUCUUCCCGAACUACUAUCGUAUUCAUUGUUGUUGCUUUGAUUUGUGCGUUCGUUCCUGCAUUCUCUGUUGAAGAAGCUGAAGCAAAAUCACUAUGAGAUACAUGUCUUCUUAAAAUCAGUCCAAAAUGUGCGUUGGAUAUAAUUGGUGUUGUCUUUGAAAAUUUAACCAUCACUGAUGCAUGUUGUCAUGAUCUUGUUCAAGAAGGAAAAAUGUGCCACGAUACUCUUAUCAAAUAUAUUGCUGAGAAGCCGCAUUUAGUUGCCCACGAAACAGUGUAUUUGAAGAAAAGUGAUGAUUUGUAGACUCAUUGUGUCUCAAUUUCGCAAACUGCUUAAAAAUAUGUUAUGCUUGUAUUGAUCUGAUUAACAGAAUUUUUAUUUAACUAUUGUUAAAUUUUAUUUGAUCAAAAAUUGUGGAUCAAACAGUAUGCAAUAUAAAGCGACCAUCAAGUGAAUCUCAUUCUAAAUGAAUCAAUACAAAUAUUAACUCAAUUGAAAAACAAUGCGCUAACCAUACAAUAUUGCUUAAUUAGUUUGAUUUAACUUAUCUUUAAUUUUAAAAAUUAAUUUUCAACUACGAUGUCAAUCAUUAUUUUUACAUACACUGAAAUUUAUCUUGGAUAAUUUAAAACAAGAAGCUAAGAAAAUAUCUAAUGUUUCACCUUUGAAACCUUUGAGUUUAGUAGUACAUGCUAAUAUAAUGGCUUGGAAAAAAAAACUAUUUCGAAUACUCAUGUUGUAUACGAUUUUGUAAAUACGAUCAGUUAUAAAGAAAACAAUGAGACUGGAUCUAAUCACGCAAAAGAACAAUAUCCUAUGACUAGUAAGUAGAUAAUAACUUAUGCCAAUGAUAUUAGGAUGGAGCAUAUGGAUUUGAAUUUUAGAUCCAUCACAAAAAAAUUUGGAAACAAAUUGUGCACAUUUUUUGUUUUAUUUAUUACAAUUUGUAGAAUUGGCUUCAAGUUUUUUAAUAGAUUACAACCCUUUAAUUUUUGCCAAUUAAUUGUUUAACUCAAUUAGUGUUUUUUCGCCAGUUCCAGUUUCAAUUCUAUGAAAUUAUAUCUAAGUAAUGUGUAUACUAGUUAUGGUUUAGCUAUAUAAUUUCUUCUAGUAGAAAAUUCUUACAAAAUACAGAUACGCGAUAUAUGACAAUCCGUACUCGAUUAAAUUCACAUUUUUAAACCCAAAUUUCUGUAAAAUGAUGGAGCCUAUUAGCAUUUGCAGAAAGUUGAGAUUACGUAUAAACAAUGGUUAAAUCGAUUGGCAGAUUAUUUCUUAACAAAAAAAUAACUUAAAACAUUAAUAAUUUAGAAAUAUGUUAUUUUGAUAGUAUUUAGUUUAAACAAUAAGUAUAUUUAUUUUUUCUAAAUUUUCUAAAUAUAUUAGAGAAAACUCAUAUUAACGGUCACAUUUUAUUUAACAUUAAACUGCAUUAAUUAAUUUCUUAUGUUCACUUGAGUGUUAAAUCUCUUAUAAAUAUGAGACAAAAUUUCAUUCUAAAAUACCAGAUACAAACAUUUUAAUAUAUUAUAUUAAUAACAUUUGCCUCUUAUUUCGAAAACAUUGGCACAAUGGCUCACACUUCUUCCCGAACUACUAUCGUAUUCAUUGUUGUUGCUUUGAUUUGUGCGUUCAUUCCUGCAUUCUCUGUUGAAGAAGCUGAAGCAAAAUCACUAUGGGAUACCUGUCUUCUUAAAAUCAGUCCAAAAUGUGCGUUGGAUAUAAUUGGUGUUAUCUUUGAAAAUUUAACCAUCACUGAUGCAUGUUGUCAUGAUCUUGUACAAGAAGGAAAAAUGUGUCACGAUACUCUUAUCAAAUAUAUUGCUGAGAAGCCGCAUUUAGUUGCCCACGAAACAGAGUAUUUGAAGAAAAGUGAUGAUUUGUGGACUCAUUGUGUCUCAGUUUCGCAAACUGCUUAAAAAUAUGUUAUGCUUGUAUUAAUCUACAAAAUUUUUAUUUAACUAU